AUGGACACCGCUAGCACGGCGACGGCGGAGGAGGAGGUCACCCGCUUAGAAGACCUCCCGGAGAGCUGCCUGGCACACGUGCUGGCGCUCACCUCCCCGCGCGAUGCCUGUCGCUGCGCCGCCGUGUCCCCUUCCUUCCGCGAGGCCGCCGAGUCCGACGCCGUCUGGGAUCGCUUCCUCCCGCCCGACUACCGUGCGGUCCUCCUGCGCUGCUGCUCCGGCCGCCCGCCGCCGCUGUCAUCCAAGAAGGACGCCUACCUCCGGCUUUCUGACGGCGCCGUCCUGGUCGACGGCGGCGACACGGCGGUGUGGCUGGCGAGGGGAAGCGGCGCCAAGUGCGUGGCGCUGUCAGCCAGGAAGCUGAGCCUGCCGUGGGACGACGGCGAGUUCAGCUGGAGAUGGACGCCUCACCCUCGCUCCAGGUUCGCGGAGGUGGCGCAGCUGGUGCACUGCACCGGCCUGGACAUCUACGGCCGGCUGCCGGCCGCCGCGCUGACGCCGGCGACCGACUACGCCGCGUACUUGGUGUUUGACGUGGCGGACGAAGGCCACCGCGGCCUGAGCUUCCCGGACCAGGAGACCACGGUGGCAGUCGGCGGGCGCGCGGCGUCGCGCCACGCCGUGUGCCUUCGCCCCGACGACGACGAGGCGCGCAAGUUCAGGGGCGUGGCCCGUGCGGACGGCGGCGACGACGGGGUGAGGCGGCCGGCGCUGCGUGACGACCGGUGGUCGGAGAUUGAGAUGGGACGGCUACGUAUCGAUGACGCCAUGGCCGUGAAGGAGGAGGAGGUGAUGGUGAGCUUCGAGGUGUUGGAGUGGUACCCCAAGCGCGGGCUUAUUGUCGAGGCCGUCGAAUUUAGGCCAGUUUGA